AUGAAGUCGAUUAUCAUUGCCUCUCUUGUCGCCUUGGCGAUUGCCGCUUCCCCCGUUUUCGACCGCACCUUCUCUCCAAAGAGCGAGUACGUCUACAAAUUCGAUGGACUCAUCUUCUCUGGACUCCCAACUACCUCUUCUGAUGCCUCCCAAACCCGCAUUUCCUGCCGUACUCGUGUUCAAGCCAUCGAUGACCGUUACAUUCACCUUCAAUUGACCGAUGUCACCUACUCUGCUUCCCACAUUCCACAAACCGAGCAAUGGCCAAAGAUGGAAUCUUUGGAGCAACGUGAGCUUUCCGAUGAGCUCAAGGAGCUUCUUGAACUUCCAUUCCGUGUCCAAAUGAAAAAUGGCCUUAUCUCUGAGAUUCAAUACUCAUCUGAAGAUGCCGAGUGGUCCAAGAACAGCAAGAGAUCCAUCGUAAACCUUCUCUCCCUCCACAGAUCUGCUCCAGUUGAUGAGCUGAACCAAGAGGAGAAGGACAUGGAAACCGAGAAGGAUUCCCGUUUCUUCAAUGUUCAUGAGAAGACAAUGGAAGGAGACUGUGAAGUCGCUUACACCAUUGUUCAAGAAGGAGAGAAGACCAUCUUCACCAAGUCUGUCAACUUCGAUAAGUGCAUCACUCGCCCAGAAACAUCUUAUGGCUUCCGUUUUGUAUCUAAGUGCAAAGAAUGUGAGAAGGAGGGACAGUUCGUCAGACCACAAACCGUCUAA